AUGGUCGAGGUGGUUUUCACCGGGGCAUGCUUCCCCUGUCUCCUUUCAGCCACUAAGGUAAUGGCGGAUAAGAACAGAAGUGUCUGUUUACCUAAUUCAGAUGACCCUUUUGGUAAACUCCCUGAUCAUCUACUCGUUGAAAUCUUUAUCCGAGUUCCCAUCAUGGAGUGGGGAGUAGUAUCUUGUGUAUCAAGGCAAUGGGCUCAUCUCUUUCAAGAAGAAUGCCUGUGGCAUGCUGCUCUUAUCAGAAGUUUUCCUUUAGUUUCCCAGGCUAAAAGGUGGCCUGGUCCAAUUCCUCAAGGAUCAAGCAAAAGGAGGUAUGCUGCAUUAUAUGUGAGCAAACAUUUAUUUUCACUGGAUGGUGAAAUGGAUGAGCUUGUAGGUCAUACUUAUCUGUUUCUGAAAGAUCAACUUGAGAUUACAAAAAUGCCGUGUUCAUCUGGAAUACUUCAUGGAACCAUAAUAGAUCAAUUUAUAGCUUGUGGCAUGUCAAGGGAGAAGGCUCAUGACCUUGCUUCUAAAAUUUGGUUGGCAGUAAUUGAAAAUUUGGAAGAAAGUGAGAAAACAUUUCUGUUGCUCAAGCGCCUUGCACUUGAGGGAGAUGCAUUUCUUCCAUUCCCAUAUUCAAGAUCAUAUGAAGUCCUGUGGAAGGUAUUUGAGAAGCUGUUUACGGAUUUCAGGGAUUGUUUUAGCCGAAUGGAGGAAUAUUAUGAUGUACUUGGUUGUGCAAAGCAGAAGUUUCAGCCAAUACCACCCACCUGGUUGGGGUAUUAAUGUGUCAAUGUUGAUGAUAUCAUAUGUUGUAACUUGUAAUAUAUGAAUAGGUGAGAAGAAUUUAGUUUUCAUGGUGUAAAUAGAGUUGCAAGUCGUGU